UUCAGCGCACAGUUAUAGGCGGGCGCGCGCGGGUUAUGCCGGCUAAGUGAGUGCGAAUAACUACGAGAAACUAAGAAUGAUGUACACGUCUCUUCCCGUCUGUUUCCUCGUGAUUGGAGCAGCACUAUGCGCCCCCGAGAGGAUGCAGAGCGACGCUGACCCCCACGAGACCCCACAAGACACCCACGACAUACAAGGGGACCAUGUUGCCCCCCUCGCGAAGAGAUCCCCCCACUACGACUUCGGACUUGGCAAGAGAGCCUACAGCUACGUGUCGGAGUAUAAGCGACUGCCAGUCUAUAACUUCGGUUUGGGAAAAAGGUCCAGACCCUACUCCUUCGGGCUCGGCAAGCGCUCCGUGGACGCCGACCAGUUCGAUGACGACACCUUCGAUCAGGACUCUCUGGCUGAACUCUUCGACCAAUAUGAUGAUGCAGUAUACGAAGCGAAGCGAGCUCGUCCCUACAGCUUCGGCCUAGGCAAACGUGAUGCUGAAGAUGAAACAUCAGAGGAGAAACGUGCCAGGGCAUACGACUUCGGCCUAGGCAAACGACUACCCAUGUACAACUUUGGACUUGGCAAACGAGCCAGGAGCUACAACUUCGGUCUAGGCAAGAGGCUCGCCAGCAAAUUCAACUUUGGCCUAGGCAAACGACAGAGGGACAUGCAUCGCUUCAACUUCGGCCUAGGCAAGCGGUCGGCAGAGGACGCUUCACCCGAAGAUAACGACAAUUAUUUUGAUGUUUAAUUUUUUUAUUUUAUACUUAAGCGGUAUCGCCAAUGGGAAUUUACGUGGGAAAUAUUUUCUUAAAACGACAUAAUAUUAUUUAGGACUUUAAGUGCUCUGUAUUUUGAGUUGUCUUUUAACUAGAUUUGUCAAAAUAUCUAUUUUUGUAGUGUUCUUAAGCAGGUAAAAGAUUGCCAUGUGAAAAAACCAGCCAAUUUUCACAUGGGAACCUUGCGGGCAUAGGCCAAAAUUCCUAUCAAUUACAUUUAUUUUCCGUACAUUUCCACGAAAGUUUCCAUACAACCAGUUAAUUAAUAAUAUUAAGGUUAUCGACUGCAUAAUUCACGUAAUUUAGACAUUUCAAACAUUUAAAAGUGAGUUAGAAAACAUUUGAAAUGCGAUGUAUU